UGCAAUAUCCAACGAGGGUCUAGUCGUGGUAAAUUGGAGAAGUAAAUACAUCACCGAGAUGACGACAGACGGAGAAACUAUCAAAUACUUCACUUACAAUGCAUUCCAAGAGCCCAUAGACGUGGCUGUGGAUAAGAGCUAUGGGCACGUUUUGGUUGCAGAUAACGGUAUGAGUUGCGUGUUUGUGUUCGAUGCGGAAGGCAAAAUCCUUUUUCAGGUUGGUAAAAAAGGAACAUUUAGUCUCAUUUCAUCUGUCACUGUAGGGCCCUUAGGGGAAAUAAUAGUUGCAGAUUCAAGGAUACAAGCGUUCUCGGCAAAGGGCGAUUUUAUGGAGGUGGUGUACGAUGAAGGCAGAGGUAAGGGGCGCUAUGGCGGCAUAACCAUAGACCCCGACAGCAAAAUACUCGUCAGCCGGACUGAGCAGAAGGGUAGGACCUACGUCCAGCUCCUCUCGCUCACCGACAGUUCUCUAAAUCAGUGCAUCGACUCGCACGACGCUAAACUGAAGCGGCCAAGCGGGCUGGCCACCACAAACGAUCACCAUGUCAUCGUAGUGGACCUAGGCAAUAAUUGCAUAAAGAAAUAUCGAUAUUGGUAGUGAAUUUUUUUCUUAAUGCAUGCGGUUGCUCAGCUUAAGGUGUUGCCUCUUUGGUUAUUAAUGAGUAUCGAAGCUCUCAUUAUCCACCCACAAAGUUUAUGAAAACAACACAGUAACGUAACGUAAAGAAUUAAAAUUUGCAUAUUUACUGCUUGUUUCGUAUGGUAAAUACAGAAUAAUAAAAAUUAUAUUAAGAUGCAUUGAAAUGUCCAUUUAUCAUCUAUGCAAUACAUUUUUAUUAUGUACACUAUUUUAAAUCAUCAGCAUAAUUACCUAGCAGCAGGAGUGGGCAGUUUGAAGCUUUUAAUGCUGAAAGUGUAAUAUUUUAACGGGGAAGUGGAUUAUAUAUAAAAUUUCGGCAAGGAAAAAAUUAAUAUUAAAAAAUAGAGAUGACUAACAUUCUCUUGUAAAAAAAAAGAUUUUGGACUGCUGCAAGGAAACCUUUUGCCGAUCCCUGAUUAUUAAAGUAAAAUAUUCACUCAUAUGUUGCAAAAAGUGGCGGAAUUUUUUAUUUUCAUAUUUUUUUUAUACUCAAGCUGUUGUAAAGUGCAUUUUUGACAUUUAAAGAAACUUAAUGUAAUUAAUUAUAUCAUAUUUCUCUAUGUGACUGCCAAUAUUUUUUUGCCAUGUUUUUAUGUGUUUUUUUAUCUCUUUUAUGUACAUAAUGUAUAUUAAUCGAUUCCUUGGUCCUUAAUUAUUAUCAUAGAUCUG